AUGGACCAAGUAGUUGACUGGAUCUGUCCCCGCCAUCACGCGCAUCUCAGCAUUGUGCGACUGCUGGAAGGCAAAUGGGUCCCUGUAACAAGCAAUAACAUUGAAUGGCGAACUGGUGGCCAGGCUGCGGCUGCCAUCUCGGUUAAUAUGAGAAAGGAGUUGGUAGUCCUUGUAAAGCAAAUCCACUGCAUCGAGCAGGGCAUAGUAAUGACAUUUCCACUGGUGUUUAAUGAAUCUCAGGCCCUCGUUUAUCAGAUUCUCUAG